AUGGGGCCUCAGCCGGACGCUCCGAUGGUCGACACGUCGGAGCAGGUGUACAUCUCGUCACUCGCGCUACUGAAGAUGCUUAAACACGGGCGAGCGGGAGUGCCCAUGGAAGUCAUGGGUCUCAUGCUGGGCGAGUUUGUAGACGAUUAUACCGUGAGGGUGGUUGAUGUGUUCGCCAUGCCUCAGAGCGGAACAGGCGUGAGUGUGGAGGCGGUGGAUCCAGUUUUCCAGACGAAGAUGCUCGACAUGCUCAAGCAGACGGGCAGACCUGAGAUGGUGGUUGGCUGGUACCACUCGCAUCCAGGCUUUGGCUGCUGGCUCUCUGGCGUCGACAUUAACACCCAGCAGAGCUUUGAGGCACUCAACCAGCGGGCAGUGGCAGUGGUGGUGGACCCGAUUCAGUCAGUCAAGGGCAAGGUGGUGAUUGAUGCGUUCCGCCUCAUCAACCCUCAGACCAUGAUGCUGGGGCAGGAACCGCGCCAAACCACUUCUAACCUGGGGCAUCUCCACAAGCCGUCCAUCCAGGCUUUGAUCCAUGGUCUGAACCGGCACUACUACUCCAUCGGCAUCAACUACCGCAAGAACGAGCUGGAGGAGAAGAUGCUGCUCAACCUGCACAAGAAGAAGUGGGCACACGGACUGACGCUGCAGCCGUUUGAGAGCCACAACAAGAAGAACGAGCAGAUCGUGCAGGACAUGCUGGAGUUGGCUCAGAAAUACAACAAGGCCGUGCAAGAGGAGGAUACUUUAUCGAGCGAGAAGUUUGCGAUUGCGAGUGUGGGGAGGCAGGACGCAAAGAAGCACCUGGAGGAGCAUGUGUCGACACUCAUGUCGUCCAAUAUCGUGCAGACUCUCGGCACGAUGCUGGACACAGUUGUGUUUUAA